UUUAUCCGUUGGAAAAGAAAUUUCCAGAUCAUCCGUCCAAGAGAAUGAUGCUUAAGUUUGUGGUUUUUGGAGAGGAUUGAUUGUGGAACAUGUCUUUAAACCAUUCUCAGAAUAUAGAGACAAGUGAAGAAAACAAUCCUACAGAAACCAAUACAGGUUUAAGAAAGAGAGUAGUGCAUAACGCAGAAAGUAGUCAAGAUAAAAACUUGUCUUGUUCAGAAAAGGAAACCCAUUCUUCUCUCUUUGACUGUCAUAUUUGUUUUGACUCUCCUAAUGACCCUGUUGUAACACCUUGUGGACACUUAUAUUGUUGGUCUUGUAUUUACAAGUGGAUGGCUGCACACCCUGACUGUCCUUCUUGUCCUUUAUGCAAGUCAAGUAUAGAGAAAGAUAAGAUAAUUCCUAUUUAUGGUAGAAAUGGACAAGACCAAGUAGACCCCAGAACUAAAGUUAUUCCGGAUAUUCCUGCCAGACCAAGUGGACAACGAACAGAACUACCACGUUCUUCUUCUACUAGUCAGUCUUCAGGAGGAGGAGCUUUCCAUUCCCCACAUUCUCCCUUUUAUGGCAGUCCUUUCUAUCCUGGACCCUUUUCUUCUCCUGUUCAUCAUAGUAACUUUGGUCCAUUUUCAGUUUCAGCUUUUGGUCCUUUUCCUUCUUUAUUUGGAUUGCAGUUUACAUAUCCUCCACCACAGAGUACGGGUUCUGUACCAGAAACGAUGACGGAAGAACAAGCCAAUCAGGCUUUUGUUUCUCGUUUAUUGUUGGUAAUGGGUCUACUUAUCAUAUUGUGUCUUUUAUUUGUAUGAAAACAGGAAUUUCCUACGAAUUACGCACACUAAUAAAGCAAUGUAUCAGCUUUGAAGUAUUCUAGUGAAACUACUAGAACUACCAUCUUCAGCUUCUAAAAAGCCAAGUAUGAAAAGUUGUAUAUAUGAAUAGUAGAAAGGUUUUGUUACACAUU